ACCAUCUUCCAUCUCACAACACCAAACAUGAAGAACACCAUCAACAAUGGAGGAACCAAGCUCAUCCUCCUCCACCCUUACAUCCAAAAACAAGGCUCUUCAACCCGCCUCUACUGGCUCAUCGCCGCAGUCUCCAUUUUCGCCAUAGCCUCCCUCCUCACCUUCGUUUACACCCGCGAAUCUUUCAUCACAACCACAACUUCCGUCGCCACAGCCUCCAUCACCACCGCGGCAACCACCCUGGACCACCACAUUCUCCCCAAAUCAGUCGCCAAAGCGUUAAUGUACUACGCUGCAAACACCAACUCCUCGGAUCACAUGUCGCACACUGAUAUUAAACAAGUGUCCGACGUUAUCCGACAAUGUCCUUCACCAUGCAACUUUCUUGUUUUCGGUUUAACUCCGGAAACACUGCUGUGGAACGCGUUAAACCACCGCGGACGCACAGUUUUCAUCGAUGAAAACCGUUACUACGCAGCCUACAUAGAGGAAAAACACCCGGAGAUUGAAGCGUAUGAUGUGCAGUACACAACAAAGAUCAGUGAGCUUCAUGAGCUUGUGACUUCAGUUAGGGAACAAGCGCGAAACGAAUGUCGUCCAGUGCAAAAUCUGUUAUUCUCCGAAUGUAAAAUCGGGUUGAAUGAUCUUCCUAACCAGUUGUAUGAGUUGGAUUGGGACAUUAUACUAGUAGAUGGUCCACGCGGGUACUGGCCGGAGGGGCCCGGGAGGAUGUCAGCGAUCUUCACCGCUGGCGUGUUGGCCAGGAGUAAAAAGGGUGGUAACCGAAAAACGCAUGUUUUUGUUCAUGAUUAUAAGAGGGAGGUUGAGAGGGUGUCUAGUGAGGAGUUUUUGUGUAAAGAGAAUUUGGUGAAGUCUUCAAAGGAUUUGUUGGCGCAUUAUAUGGUGGAGAGAGUGGUGGAUGAUGGCGGCAGCCACCAGUUCUGCCGGACGGCAAAGGCUAAGGCUAAGGCAAAAAGGAGGGCGGCGUAGGCAGGUGGUGUUGGAUCUCCGGCUGGCUGCGAGCCGUGUGUUUUAUGAUGGCCGUUGUAAAAUUUGAUUAUUUAUCAUCAAGAUUUGAAAUUUUGAGUUCGGUUUUAAAUAAACAUUCUUGGAGGAUUUGUGUAAAUGUAAUUUCUUGUUAUGUAAAGAAUUGUUAUGAAAUGGAAAACAUGGAUAUAAUUCAAUA